AUGAAACCCAAGAUAAAAAUAGAUUUCUUUAAAUAAAAUAUUGAAGUCAAAUCUCUUAACAUUCAGAUGAUUGGCAAAUAAGGAGUGAACUACUUCACUUUUAUUAAAAAAGAAAAUGAGGGUUUACUAGAAUCUUAACAUUUUAUUGUAGUAGACGAAGUAAAAAAUAGCAAAAAUUAAAGAAUUCCUAAUUGCAAAGCUUUUAUCAUUAGUAAAAAAAAAGAAAAUUUAAGAAUUUAACUAUAUGACAAUGUUGAUGAAAAGAUAGAUGAAGUUUCGAUAGAUAAUCAAAAAGAGCCCUAUUUUGCAAUUAUUUAAAAAAGAGAUGUAGAAAAUUGGAAACAUUUAAAGGAUUAUUAAGUUUCUACUUUGCCAUAAGAAAAGUUAGAAUAGUUUACUUUUUCGCUUUUAUACUAUGUGUAUUAGGAUUUAAAUCAAUUUAAAAUAUAAAAAAUUAAAAAAUGUAAAUUCUCAAUAAAUGACAAUAUUUAUUUUUAAGAAAGAAAUAAUAAACUAGAGUUUAAAAUUUUCUUUACAGAGCUUUAUCUUAAAAAAUAACUUUAAAAAGAUGAAUCUGAUAUUUAAUCAAAGUAAUUAUCAAAGUAUGAUAUAUUUUGCAAUAUAAUAUGUUAGUUAUUUAGUAAAAAUAACAAUGAAUUCGAUGAACCAGAUAAGCUUGAUACCAAAUAAAUAGAUUAUUAUGAAAGAAUAAAUAAAUUCUUUAAACUUUGCAAAAGCCAUUAAGGUAGUGCUAAUAAAAGUGGUUUAUAGUAUUAAAUAGAUUCUGAAUUACAUUCAUAUCUUUGCGAAAACCUAUUUAAAAAUAACUCAAUCAAAAAUAUGAUCUAAUAAUUAAACUGA